AUUCGCUUUCCGUGCAUGACGUGUGCAUAUACAAGUAUAUAUACACCUUACUCUCAUGAGCCCUUCAGAGCGUAACGAUGGUCAAGAAAGCAAUACUGAUCAUUCUCUUGGUGGUAUUCGUCGUGGCUUUACACGUAGAGUCAAAACCUGCCCAGCUCCUGCCUCCGCUUCAGCCCCCUGUUCCCAACACUUUUCCCUUCCCCGCGCCCCCGGGAAUGGCACCGGCGUACGUUUGAACCCUUCUCUACGGAUCGACUUCUGCAAAAACAACACAACCUCUCAUCGGGAUGGACGAUGUAGUGCCACUUCACCGAAUUAUCACAUGAGCUCAAGUUCCAUAGAUAUCUUCGAAUUGUUCCAUAUAUGUAUGUACACAUAAACUGAAUUAAUAAAGGGGCAGGAUUCAAA